UCUACUGGGCUGUGCCCUGUGGCGUCAUCUUCCUCCUCCCAUUCCUUACGACACUACUUGUUGGGCUUGCCCGGUAGGCCUUGGCGGUAAAAUCCGGAUUUUUCCGCCCCUCCUUCACCUUUCUCAAGUGAAAUCAGUCUUCCCUGACCCUGUUCUUCCCGGUUGGUAGUCCUCCUGAUGACCUUCAAAUGCUCCUUUCUCGUAACGAGAUUUUAUAAAGUAGGUUCUUCUUUAUAGAAGCCUGUGGAAAACUCAAUGAGAUUUUUCGUUUUUUUAAGACAAACGUAAUUAACAAAUGGCCGUGUAACUUGACUUCGGCCCACCACGUUUCAAGUUUUGAGAUCAUGUAAUUGCCUCAAACAUUUAAGAUUGGGAUUUUACAGUCGGGUGCCGAAGGGACGAAACUCCUUGGCCAUUUCCGGUCUAUAGAUUAUUGGCGUUAGCGUCACUUCCUUAGCAAUGCAUUUUUUUUUUUUUAGCCCGUUCACCCACUCCUUCUACAUUGCACUUUGCAACCUAAUCUUUGUGAAAGUUUUUAGGUUUUUUCUUAAAAUUUAAUCAUAACAAAAUUAAUGUUCAAGCAACCCGCAAAACUAUAGGACCUUGAAGUGUACUGCCUCCGCCUGACGGGGCGGAGCUCAGGGCCACGUGACUGUCUAGACCCGCCCCUGCAGUGGAAGACUUCCCAUCUUCAGUGACGGAGCUUGUGGGUCCGUGGUCUGCACGGUUUCUGCGUCUCGCGCACUGUCAGGUAAAUUAACAUGAUGGAUUUCUCCAAGCUACCAAAAAUACUCAAUGAAGAUAAAGAAAGUGCAUUUGGUUAUGUGCAUGGGGUCUCAGGUCCUGUUGUUACAGCCUGUGACAUGGCAGGUGCAGCCAUGUACGAGCUGGUGAGAGUGGGCCACAGCGAGUUGGUAGGAGAGAUUAUCCGAUUGGAGGGUGACAUGGCUACUAUCCAGGUGUAUGAAGAAACCUCUGGUGUGUCUGUUGGAGAUCCUGUACUCCGCACUGGUAAACCCCUCUCGGUCGAACUUGGUCCUGGCAUUAUGGGAGCCAUUUUUGAUGGUAUACAAAGACCUUUGUCAGAUAUCAGCAGUCAGACCCAGAGUAUCUACAUUCCCCGAGGAGUAAAUGUGUCUGCUCUUAGCAGAGAUAUCAAAUGGGAUUUUACACCUUGCAAAAACCUGCGGGUUGGUAGUCACAUCACUGGUGGAGAUAUUUAUGGAAUUGUCAAUGAGAAUUCGCUCAUCAAACACAAAAUCAUGUUACCCCCACGAAACAGAGGAACUGUAACUUACAUCGCUCCACCUGGAAAUUAUGAUACCUCUGAUGUUGUGUUGGAGCUUGAAUUUGAAGGUAUAAAGGAGAAGUUCAGCAUGGUCCAGGUAUGGCCUGUACGUCAAGUUCGACCUGUCACUGAGAAGCUGCCGGCUAAUCAUCCUUUGUUGACUGGCCAGAGAGUCCUUGAUGCCCUUUUUCCAUGUGUGCAGGGAGGAACUACUGCAAUCCCUGGGGCUUUUGGCUGUGGAAAGACAGUGAUAUCGCAGUCUCUGUCCAAGUAUUCCAACAGCGAUGUGAUUAUCUAUGUAGGAUGUGGUGAAAGAGGAAAUGAGAUGUCUGAAGUCCUCCGUGACUUUCCAGAGCUCACAAUGGAAGUUGAUGGUAAGGUGGAGUCAAUUAUGAAGAGGACAGCUUUGGUAGCCAAUACCUCCAACAUGCCUGUGGCUGCUAGAGAAGCCUCUAUUUAUACUGGAAUUACACUGUCAGAAUAUUUCCGUGACAUGGGUUAUAACGUCAGUAUGAUGGCUGACUCUACCUCUAGAUGGGCUGAGGCCCUUAGAGAAAUUUCUGGUCGCUUAGCUGAAAUGCCUGCAGAUAGUGGAUAUCCUGCAUAUCUUGGUGCCCGUCUGGCCUCUUUCUAUGAACGAGCAGGCAGGGUGAAAUGUCUUGGAAAUCCUGAAAGAGAAGGGAGUGUCAGCAUUGUAGGAGCAGUUUCGCCACCUGGGGGUGAUUUUUCUGACCCAGUUACAUCUGCUACUCUUGGUAUUGUUCAGGUGUUCUGGGGCUUAGAUAAGAAACUAGCUCAACGUAAGCAUUUCCCCUCUGUCAACUGGCUAAUCAGCUACAGCAAGUAUAUGCGUGCUUUGGAUGAGUACUAUGACAAACACUUCACAGAGUUCGUUCCUCUGAGGACCAAAGCUAAAGAGAUUCUGCAGGAAGAAGAAGAUCUGGCAGAAAUUGUACAGCUUGUGGGAAAGGCUUCUCUAGCAGAAACAGAUAAAAUCACUCUGGAGGUAGCCAAACUUAUCAAAGAUGAUUUCCUACAACAAAAUGGAUAUACUCCUUAUGAUAGGUUCUGCCCAUUCUACAAGACAGUAGGGAUGCUGUCCAACAUGAUUGCGUUUUAUGAUAUGGCUCGUAGAGCUGUUGAAACCACUGCCCAGAGUGACAAUAAAAUCACAUGGUCCAUUAUCCGUGAGCACAUGGGGGAGAUCCUCUAUAAACUUUCCUCCAUGAAAUUUAAGGAUCCAGUGAAAGAUGGUGAGGCAAAGGUCAAGGCUGACUAUGCACAACUUCUUGAAGAUAUGCAGAAUGCAUUCCGUAGCCUUGAAGAUUAGAACUGUGAUUUCUUUCCUCCUUUUCCUCAGCAAGCUCUCAUAUAUGUAUAUUUUCCUAAAUUUCCCAUCUCAAACCCUUUGCUUCUUUAUUGUGCAACUUUGAGACUAGUGCCUGUGUGUGUUAUCAUUCAUUUCCUUGUUUAUUUGGUAGGUCUUAUAUGAAACAAACAUUCCUUUGUUCUGGUAUUUGAAGGACCUCCUGAUCUUUUCUCUGAAGUGGUAAAUGUAGUAAAUAUGAUAUACACUAACCACACUGCUGUAAAUUUGUAUGUAGGGUGACAUCCCUCCUUGUCCUAGGUUUGCCCUUUCUUAGUCUCCAUUAAAUUGUAAACAGGACUACUGCAUGUGCUGUCUUUGAGAUCUCCAAAGCAGUGGAUUUGGGAUGAAAGGCCAGAUUUCUAAACAUUUUGACAGGUACUUUGUGAAAUGACUUGAUAUCUAUCUACAUGCAAGAUUAUUUACAACUUAGCAUUUUGUUAAGUAACUGCUUUGCUCCAGGAAAUAAUUUGCUUUUAAAAAAACAUGACUGAAUGAACGUUCCAAUUAAGCACUGUUUCCCCGGUACAAAUAAAUAAUAUUCAUGGGAAACUGUUGGGAACUAUACUAUUUUUAAAACAGGCAUUUGUGGGGCUCAGUACAAUAUAUGAAUCAGUACCCCAAAACAGUGGGAAAGGAGCCACAGGCCAUAUUUAGAUUAACAUCAUUUUGUUGAUCUUAUUUUGUUUCACUAGGAGAAAUUCAGUAUCAAGGACCACUGUGCAUUACUAGGAAAUUCUUUUUAAAAUUACAUUUAGAACAAACACUAAGAGCUUAAUCCACAUUGUUCCCUCUUUCUUUUUCUCAAACGUCUUAGAAGCCGAAGCUUCUAAAACUCAUGUGGCAGUGUGAUGAGCUGUAAAAUGUCACAAAGAAGAUAUUUAGUAGUAAAGGCUGUUUGCACAUUUAAGGACCAUCUGGGCUAUAGUGAUUCUUGGGACCAGAGUGGCAUCAUGCUUUUACAAGAUAAUGAUGUGUCACAUGUUUGUAUAUUUGUUUGCUUAUUGAAUUUCGAACAACCAGUUUACCAAUUAUAGAAAAUAAUAGUUUCAUUCAUGUGGGUUUUGAUUCACUGGCUCAAAAAAGUUCUCAGAAUACUGUAGCCAUAGCAGCAUAAUGGUUUCCAUUUGGUUUAAUAGGGAUGAAAUUAAUCCUGGUAUCUGCUAAUAGCAGAAUCUGGGUCAUGUGAAAAAAAAAUCAGUUCAUCCUGUCUUUUAAGUUUUUGUUUUAAACUGAUAGUUUCUGGUUUUAUAUUGUACAAUAAGGCACACCACAGAACAGCUGUGAGAGUAACAGUUUCCCAUUAAUCCCUUUCUGCCCAAUAAGUGCCAGCACCAUUGCAUCCUCUUUGGGAAUAGGAAAGGGCAUGCAAGCAUGUCAGCAUUCUCAAGUACCCAAAUGUAAUAGCAUAAAUAAAGUACUUACUUUAUGCCUUAAGAUGUUACUUAAAUUUUUAGGGAAUGUAUUUCUUUUGGUUUGUUAAGGAAAGAUGAGCUCAAUAUUCACCUAUAGUGGCAAAUUGCAUGUUCGUGCAGUGGCCUGCUCCUCAGGAGAGGUAGUCUUCCAUACUUUUUGUAACCUUUCAGAAUACUGGAAGAUACAAAUUUUGCAAUGAUUUGUAGAUGUGGACAUAAUGAUGCUGCUUAAUCAGUUUGCUUCUAGUGUAGCCUCCUACCCAGAGGCCCUAAGACCAAUGGAUAUUAAAAGAAUUUCAAAAACUUUCUUUUUCUACCUUAAACUUACCAGCAAACUAGGAUUGUGGUGGUAAUGAAUGAUAUAAUGAAGAAAGUUUGAAUAGUUGGUUUCUUUUUGUUUUUUCAUAAUUCUGAAUUUGCAGUGUACAUUUUUACUCCUUUUUUGGAAUGUUGAUGUGUGGAUGUGAAAAUACUAGAGAAACUAUGCUCAGAUGUAUAUUUUAUGGCCCCUUCACCUAUAUGUUGCAGAAUUUCAGAAUGGCUACUGCUCAUAUUUCUUUAGUACGAAUGUGUUAAAAUUGCAACAGUCUUUUUAAAAUGAUGCAGUUCUGUAUUUAUUGUGCUGCACCUGGUCCUAAGUGAAGCCAGUUUAACAAGUUUCAUAUGUAUUUUUUCAGCGUUAAGUCUCACACAUUGUACCCUUUGGAAAUUUCCUUCCAUCCUAAAAAAAAAAAAAAUGAAUAGAAGAGAUCAUAUGUAUGUGUGUGUGUAGCCUUCCCUUCCUGGAAAUUUCACUCUCUUUAUGUGAAAAGUUGUGUAUAAUUGUUAAAAUCUAUGAAAGAAUAAAAUCUGGAUUUAAAUUAACAUUA